AGUACGACCGUUGUAUGUUGAUUGCAUUUGCUAAAUAUCAAUUUUAUGUUAAGAAUUUUCUUGAAAUUUUCUGUGUUUCAUUUCUUCGAAUGUAAUGCUGUCAUGUACUGCCAUUAGAAGUAAUUAAUAUUUGGUGUAUCAAUUGCUGCUUAUUUUUUUGUCGCAAUGUACUUCGACGUUGAUGAUGAUGGGGUCGACCAUGAAUUUUUGCACGUCGUUAGUCGAGAGCUCUUCGCCUUCAGUUCGAAUUUUGAAGGGGCGUAUGGCAUACGAAGUGUACCAACACAUACAGAGGAUGGUAUACCUAUCAGGAAAAUUUAUGUCACCAACUUACCACCUGAAACUACGCGAACUGAACUUUUUGGUGUAUUUGCACAAUAUGGUUUUAUAAAGAGCUGUUGGCUAAGAAUGGGUGAUAAAGGACCAAAUAGAACGCCGACACCUACUUAUGCUUUUGUCACUUUUAGUAACCCAGCAGAUGCACACAAAGCCCUACAAGCACCAUAUCAUGAAAAGACACUCCGAGGUCGUAGUUUGAGAAUUUCGCCCGCUGACAGUUGGCAUCAACCGGCAGAAGAUGCUGAUGGUCGAGUGCAGUGGCGGCCAAACGGCCAGAGAGGUGAAGAAAUACCACCACCUGUACCAGCGGUGGAACAAGUAGAGCAGCAAGACAUAGAAAAUCCUGCACCAGUUGUAGAUACAAAUGCAGAAGUGAAAAAUGAUGAAAUCAAUAUACCAAUUGUGGAUGAUGUCGAAGAGGUUGUGGAAGAUAAUAAUAUUAUGGAAGGUUACGGAAUACUAGAUGUACUCAAUCCGGAUUGUUUGUCGCACAUCAUGAGCUAUAUCCCACUAAGAGAUCUCAUUCGCUCUGAGAGAGUCAGCAAGAGAUGGCAAAUGGUAGUCCAGGAAUACAUUGUUGGUAUCCGCGUGUAUAAAACCUCAUGGUGGCAACAUAUACCUGUUACUUUAACCACUGCUGUAUUGCGACGUGUGCUUCAGAGAGUGGGCGGUUCGCUAGUGCGAUUGCACAUUGAUCACAACUGGUCCGCUCUGAAUGACCGCACUGCGCACAUUGUCGGCAAAUUCUGUCCCAAUCUCGAAGAACUAAAGGUUGUUGGAAUGCAUACGAAAAAUUGGAACCCAUUAGUUUAUGGAUGUAAAAAUUUGAAGAGGCUUAUUUUUGUUUCAUGCAAUAAGCUUACUGAUUCGAGUCUCGUACAGAUAGUGAAAAGUGAUUCCCCAAUAGAACAUUUGACUGUUGCGAAUAACACCCAUGUAACGGGAUUAUUUCUCAACGGUUCAAAUAUACGUAAAUUGAAUACUCUAUCGUUUUAUAACUGCUGUAGUCUCCAAGGUGCCGUUAUCACUGCAGCAAUUGAUUCAAUGCCUAACCUUACUACACUUAAAUUAGAUGUUUGUCCCGUCACUAUGUUGAAGAUUGUACCGUUAAUAUUAAAGAAACUACCCAGAUUGGAAGAAUUAUCACUAAGUGAAUACACAUCGGGGGAUGUUUAUGUAAAACCUUAUGAUAACGAUUCGUUCUGUGAAGCUCUUGAUAAUUUAAAGGAGUUGAAGAUUUUGAAUUUGACCAGAAAUGUCUAUAUGACGAAUUCUGUUCUGAAGCAAGUUGCUCGCUCCUGCCUCAAGCUGACGGCUCUUUAUGUUUCAAGUUGUAACUCACAGAAACAUAUCCACCAUAUUAGUGGUUACCCCGUGAAGGGUGUGGGCGACGAGGGUCUAUCCGCAGUGUUCAAGUCAUGCAAGCGGCUGCGGCACAUCGACGUGUCAUACUUAGCACUGCUGAGUGACACGGGGCUCGCACUCGCUGCCACACUGCCCGCGUUGACUACGCUCAUAGCACGCGGUAACCCCGCGUUAUCCGCCCAGCCUUUCUCCCAGUGCCUCGCACAGUGUCAUCUUCUAGAGGAAAUAGACGCAUGUGGCUGUGAUGGUGUGUCAGAACAAGUUGUGGAAGCAGCAGUCAAGGCAUUGGAGACAAGGCCGAGGUCUAUCAUGCUCAGGCUUGCCAGCACACCUGCUGCUCAAGUCGGGGAGUUGCCGACCCACCGUCUGCUGGCUGUGAACGUGGACGAGGACCGCAGCAACCCGCACCUCAGACCGGACUUUGUUGAUCGCAUCUUCGAUGACAGCUCCGAUGACUCUUUUGAUGAUCUGUACGAGCCUGAAGACCUCGAUGAUUUCCUUGGAGAUGACCCUUACAUGGAUAAUUACGAUCUGGAGGACUAUGCAAAUAUGGUAGAUAUGGGAAUACAUGUUCCCAACCUACUGCUGUUGUGAAAACCACCUUGACCUCAGCGUCUCGUCCCACAAUGACAGCGCUCGUGCAUUUUAUUACUAAUAGCUCUAAUUGUUUUUUUUUUCAAACUACCAACAGUGA